UGCCAAUAUUAACACGGUUUGGGUAAAGCCGUGGGACUAGGCCCAGCUGUGGAUCGAUCGACUACCACUUCAUUACAAUGCUUCCGAAGAUUGGGUUACUCAUUUGCUCUGCAGUCACCCACAGACCCGAGGCCGAGUCCAUCGCCAGCCAGCCGGCCCGCCUGCCCUCCCUCGACCCCACCCCUCCCCACUCCACCUCGCCCUCGGCACCACUCGGCCUACCUAGUCUCUCACCGAGGGGUUGCUCGGAAUCGCUGUUCCGUAGAUCCUGGAUUCUAGCGAGAUCAGCAAUCAGGGGAGGCACAUUAUUUGAGAGAUUGGUGGUGAUAAGUUGAAAGGGCAGCGGAAGGGAGAAACGGGGAGACUUAGAUCUGGGGGAAAUGGUUGCAUUGGGGAGAUCGACGGGCUUCGUGUGAUUAAUCCCUGGUGGGAUGGUGGUUUUGAGGCUAGAACUCACGGUGAUGGUGAUGCAGGUGGUGAGUUAGUCGGGGAGUCUCGAGACUUGGUCGGAUCUUGAAUUGUUGCCCUAGGGUGCAAGGGUGGUGGAUUGUAAGCUGUUGUGUUCCUGGCGGUCUUGGUGUGGAGACGAGGUGCAGUGUGGAAGUUUAAGGGGGGUGACGGCGAGGAUCGUGGGUGAGAGGCGGAAGUGCAGAGUGGAGUGGUAGUGAGGAGAGAGAGAGAGAGAGAGAGAGAGAGAUUGUGUCGAUCGGGCCUGUUUUAUUAGGAUGGGGGACAACAAAGCAGCGACGGAGCGGUUCGUGGGAGUUAUGGACAAUUUAAUCACUCUUGCCGACACAAUGUCGCAAGCCGGUGCUAUAUUGGCGGACGAGGAUGGCGAUGCUCCCAAAGCGUCGACGUCGUUUCUCAGUGCCAUCGCACUAGGGAGUGUGAGUGCAGGAAAGUCAGCGGUCCUGAACACCAUCAUCGGUCAUCCUGUACUGCCGACUGGAGAAAAUGGUGCUACUCGUGCUCCAAUCAUUAUCGAUAUGGAACGUGAUAAAUCUGGUAGACCAGGGGGGUUGGCCGUUGUUUUGGAAGGAAGAACUCAAAAUGUAUCUGCCAGUGAUGUUAGGCACUCACUUCAAGGGCGUUUGAAAAGUGUCAGUUCAUCAAAGAGUAGAGGUGACGGGAUUCGUCUCACCCUGCGCUCAAAUUCGGGUCCUCCUUUGAAGUUGAUAGAUCUUCCAGGAAUUGACUCUCGGGGUUCACUUGAUGAUUCACCUGCUCACGACCUGGCUGCCAACAAUGAUACCAUACUUCUCGUUGUGAUAGCUGCUACGUCAUGUCGAGAUGUGGCUGUGAAUCGUGCUUUGAAACUGGCUCAAGAGUUAGACUCGGAUGGUUCGCGGACCGUUGGUGUGAUCAGCAAAGUUGACCAAGCAGCUUCCGACCCGAGGAGCUUAGCUGCUGUGAAUGCUCUUAUUUCUGGACAAGGCCCUUCUAACACUCAGGACAUACCAUGGGUAGCUCUAAUCGGCCAGUCAGUGUCUAUAGCAGCCGCUCACUCUAGUCCCGAAGAUUCGUUGGACACAGCGUGGAAGGCUGAAAUGGAAUCCUUGAAGACUAUCUUGAAAGGUGCUCCAUCAGCAAAAUUAGGGCGGAUAGCCUUAUUGGAAACCUUGGCCAGUAAAAUCCAGUCACGACUGAAGCAACGUAUUCCGAACCUUCUUUCUGGGUUGGAGGGGAAGUCACACAUGGUAGCGGAGGAGUUAGCAAGGCUUGGGGAACUAAGAGUAACUAGCUCAGAAGGAAAUGUCGCAGUUGCAUUGGAGUUGUGUCGGGAGUUCGAAGAUAAGUUUUUAGCCCACAUCAAUACUGGAGAAGGGCAAGGCUGGAAAAUUGUGGCAAGUUUCGAGGGUGUACUGCCUAAAAGGAUGAAGGGUCUGCCGCUUGAUCAGAUGUUUGAGAUAAGCAGCAUAAAAAAGUUGGUACUUGAAGCAGAUGGUUAUCAACCAUACCUUUUGUCACCUGAAAAAGGUUUAAGAGCACUCAUUAAAAAGGCGCUAGAAUUGGCCAAAGAACCAGCAAAAUCUUGUGUGGAUGAGGUCCAUCGUGUUUUGGUUGACAUUGUAUCAGCUUCUGCAAGCGGAACUCCUGGUCUGUCAAGAUAUCCACCCUUGAAGAGAGAGAUUGUAUCAAUCGCCAGUGCAGCUCUGGAAGAGUACAGAGUUGAAGCCAAGAAAAUGGCUGUUGCCCUAGUUGAUAUGGAGCGCGUAUUUAUUCCACCGCAACAUUUUAUCAGAUUGGUGCAACGCAGGAUGGAAAGAGCUCAGAAAUUAGAUACCUUACAAGGAGCGCAGACAAAGAAAGCCCAAGUAGCAGAGCAGUCGUUACUGAGUAAGGCAACUGCUCUGAUUAGCACCAAGAAAGAGGAUACUAAGGUAGAGGAACCUAAGAAAGAUUCCCCACCUGUGUUGCAGACCGUCGGUGACAAUAGUGCUGGUUACCUGUACAAGAAAAGUGACAAGAACGAAUGGGUGAAGCGCUGGUUUGUUCUCAAUGAGAAGACGGGCAAGCUAGCGUACACCAAAAAGCCUGAAGAAAGAAGUUUCCGAGGAGUCAUUCCUUUAGAAGAGUGUAUGCUGGAGGAUGGACCUGAGGAAACUGGAGCUGAGGAAGCCAAUGGAAAGUCAUCCAAGAGUAAAUCUUCAUCUAAUGGCACUGCAGAGAAAGAAGAUCCCAUGGCCAGCCUGAUUUUCAGAGUUAGUCAUAAAGUGGCGUACAAGACAGUCCUAAAAGCUGAACACUCAGUCCAUUUGAGAGCUGAAAAUAUGGCCGAGAAGCUUGAAUGGAUGUCCAAAAUCAGAGCUUGUAUUGAAUCUUCAAGUCAAGGGGAACCGGUUAAAUCUUCCAAAGAUUCAGCUAAAGCUUCGAAGGAUUCGAAGGAUUCGGAUAAUAACUCAUCUGCACGUUCAGGAUCAACUGCGGCGUCUUCAGAUAUGUCGACGGUAUUACGGCGGCCUUCCGACCCUGAAGAGGAUCUAAGACUCAUGGCACAGGAAGUUCGAGAUUACGUUGAGGCGGUGUUGAACAGUCUAGCAGCUAAUGUUCCCAAAGCGGUAGUGCUUUGCCAAGUGGAGAGAGCAAAGGAUGCUAUGCUGAAUCAGCUUUACAGCUCCAUCAGUAGUAUGGCUACUGCAAGAAUUCAAGAGCUCUUAAUGGAGGAUCAAGAAGUGAAGACGCGUCGGGAGAGAGCUCACAAACAGUCAGCAGCUUUGGCGAAAUUGACCAAGACACUAGGCUUGCAUGAAGCUCGUGCGGCUGUUGUAUCUACUGACGAUUCCAACUCGGAUUCUAAAUCCGACGGUGGCCUACCAGGAGCAGAGGACUGGCGGGUAGCGUUUCAGGAGGCAGGUAGUAGGUCCAGCCACUCUCAGUCACCUUCAAGAUCAUCUAGAAACGAAUCUCCCAUGCAUGGCCGAUCAUCACGGAGCAUCGGCAGCGAAAAUGGUGAUGUGGGCGCCAGUCGUCGCACACCGGCUCGAACCCCACCACCUCCUCCCCCUGGUGGUGGUAUGUAUAAAUACUAGAAAGAUUUUGGCGUGCGCAAUCGAUCCGCUCAGCAUGCAUCCUCAGGCACAUGGAAAUGCUGUCAAGAUUUGCGGCUUCUCUGAACUCCUCAGACAUGGGGACAGUAGAUUGUUAUGCACAUUGACCAUGUGCUGGAUUCGUUGAUACGAUAAGCAGCAACAGUUUUGAUUUAGGUGGUAAUGAAUGUAAACCAUUAAUUCUUUCUUGCUGUCGUGUGGAGUCCAGAAGUGGGUGUUGUCAUCCACAAGCCCUUGAACCUGUCAUUUCACAUUGAGCAACCCAUUAUUGCUUCAUAAUAUAUUGUUCUCUUGAUGUAA